CCGAAGGAUACGUACAUCGAACGGUUUGUCUUGCGUCUUAUAAAAUUAAAUUGAGUUAUCAUGCUUGUGUAACGGUCAAGCAGUGCUGUGAUUUCGCUAUCGAGCCAUAAAUCGAAGCAUUUAAUGUCCGUGUAAAACGUCGAUAAUUUGUGUAACGCUCGUAAAACAUAUUGCAGACCCUCCUACACGAAUGCAAUUUUUAUUGAAUGAUCAAAUAUUCAGCUGAUAGCUGGUAGAUCGAAUGUGACGCGUGACAUUUGAUUAGGUACGCAAGUUAAGGUUGGUGAAAAUAGAAAUGUGGAUAAAAAUAGUGUUGGUAUUUGGUGCCUCCAUCGUCUUGCUGCCGAAAGCCCCAGCAAGGGCAUCUGGGCUGUGAAUGUUUGAUAUUAAGAAUAUAAUUUAGUGUCCAGUUACAACGCCGUACCCUCGACAACUCUCUCUCAAAAUGGUGCGCCUAAAACAACGCCACCAUGGACUUGCGACAAGAUCCUACGGUGGUGACUAUUUGGACUGGAAUGUUUUCGUGUCGGAGCCGGAUAUACCUCGAUUAAGACACAGAACCGGUAGCUGGUGGUACACACAGGAGCGAACAUCGGUGAAGCAUCCACACGAAUAUAUUACUGUUGACGAGCUUAACAGCUAUCGGAAACGAAAGUUUUCACAAAAUCACGCUAAACAUCUGGGAAGUAACUUCUCGUUGUACAACAAAUCCGAGCCUUCGCUGCCUUCGGCAGUCAAUGAGCAAGUUACAGAGUACGCAGACAGAUUUCAACGUCGAGCGGCCUACGAACGAGCAAUUCCAUUAAGACGUAGCACCUCGUUAUACAUUGAACCAGGCACCAUGAAGGGACUAUCGGAAAACCACUCCAAGUUUGUCAGCUAUUCGCAGGAUACGAUCUCAAAAUCACGACCACCUGCAAUAAGACCUGAAGAAAGUUUCAAGCUACCGGACAGUGGACUGCGCGGUACCGGGCUUGCCAAUGCGUCUUCCGAGUAUAAAUCCUCCUUUCUACCGUACGAUUUUCUCCCAGAGGGUAUGGACCACCGGUACCGUAAUUUGAACAAACGCAAAGAAAAGGAAAAGCGAGAUGAUUUGAGCGCGUCCGAUUCGAAACUUCACAACAAACAGCAGCUUACCCGCAGCAAUCUAAGACUGACCGGCGAGGCAACGUUCGAGCCGGAAUACAAAAGUCAGUUUGGACUUCCGCUGACAGGGGACAAGUCACGUUCGACGCCACAGCUGAACAACAUCGCAUUUACUGGCAACUUUCGUGAGGCACCGUCCGAGUAUAAGGAGUGUUACAAAUAUUACGAUCAUUUCACCAAGAGUGCUCCAAUACGUAAAUUUGAUAACCUCAGCUUGCACGGCACGAUCGAAUUCCGGCCGGAGUACAAGGAAAGCUACCGAGAAUUGCCAACAGGUGGUGCCAGUGAUCAGUGGCGUUCGCAAUGUGUAGUGCGCAAAGACAAUCUGUCGCUCAAGGGCGAAUUUCUUGGACGAGAACCCGAAUAUAGCUACAGCUUCCGUAAUCCGCACAUCACGUGUAAACCGGAAAAGGCCAAACCGAAGGAUAACUUUCUUGCCAUGCAGGGUGACAUGGAUUAUACACCGAUGUAUCGCUGCUCUUACGUCGAUUAUCCUCGGACGAGGCCGCUGGUCAAGAAGCCGGUUUGCAGCAUCAACCUGGAGGAUGUGUACGAAAAACCACCCCAUCGUCGCUUGAAUCGACGCACACCAUCUCCCAUCAAAUAUAACGUUCAUGCUGCUCCCACCGACAGCUCGAAACCAGACGUAAUAGAUAAGUUCAUCUCGCAGCCCGAGUAUCGGAAAGCGCAACGAGAGUUAAUGAUAAAGAAGCGAUCGCCUCCAAAAGAACGUGGCAGUCUGCUAGCACAGAAGAUACUGGAAGAUAGUAAGCUUACUACCGAUCCAACACAACCAACCCAACCCGUCCCGGUCGUGCGCGUUGAAAGUGUGGGUGGCGGAAAUAGUUCCACUACUACCACGAACGAUGGUACAGCCACUGGAAAAACUGCUGGUGGUGCCGGUGGGGGCAACAUAAAGGAUCCAAAACUCGCUGCAGCAACAGGCAGCCCUAUUCAACUGCCCGUACGGAUAGCGAAGCAUGGGCGUCGCGCCAAAUCGCCCAUCAUUGCCAUUCAGCGCGAAAAUGAACCGAUCAUUUUCUACAAAGAUCUACACCGAAAAGGCGACCAUAGCGUACGCAACCGGACGAAGAUAAUAGAGGCGAAUCCUUCCUAUCGGAAAGCCACUUAUCAGCCACACUAUACACACAAGAAGCCGGGCGAAAAGAUAAAAACGGGAACACAAUCGUUCGUCGUACUAAACGCACCGGUGAAGCAGCGAACAACUCGAUGGGCGGAACCAGCCACUAUUUACGAUUCACAUUUCUACUAAACGAACAUCUACCAACGUCUAUAACGUACGACUGUGUGCAUCCAUUCAUUCCAGCGCCCAAAAGAUGCUGGUUUGUUUUGUUUAAUCCAUUUUCUUACUAGUCGAUCUCUAAUUGCUACAUAUUUUCCAAUCAAAAUAUAACGUUUUAUGUUGAAGAUGACACAAAACUUUUGCGUUUUGAGCUUUUACUUUUCAAGAUUAUAGUCCAAUUAUUCAUUACGAAGUUUGAACUGAGAAAAAACUUGAUAAAAACUUAGCCUCGAGAAGAAUGAAAGUAUAGUAAGCUAUUUUUCGGAUGAAAAGCACAUUUCUUGUUAUAAAU